AUGUGUGAUAAUUACUGGGAAGACCCACAACUAGCUCAAGAUGAGUCUAUUAAGAUCUUCCUAACGACAAAAGAAUUAGACUUAGCAGAAGGUGUUAAAUUUGUCAAGACACCCAAGGCUGGAGCUGUGAUAUCGUUCUGCGGAACAACAAGAGAUGUAUUUGAAGGUAAGCAAGUCAGCGACCUAGGUUAUGAGUCUCACCACAGGCUAGCGUUGAAAACAUUGGGCAAAAUUGUCCAAGAGUGCAAGACUAAAUUUGAGAAUUCGGUUAAAGACGAAAAGAUCCAUCGAGUGUACGUGGGUCACAGAUUAGGAAAGGUCCCAAUCAUGGAAGAUAGCAUAAUUGUGUGUUUGAGUAGUACACAUAGACAAGAAGGCUGGAAUGCAGGUAUAUGGCUGUUAGAUACUAUCAAGGAAAGAGUUGAGAUUUGGAAGACUGAACGUUAUAUCGACGGUGGGUUCUCAUGGAAGGAAAACGAUAACGCAAACGUUACCGAUAGGGUAUAG